UUCGUGCGCGGGGAGAGCCGAGACCCAUCGACUAUCGACUAAACGACGGAUCAAACCCUUUACCAGCCCGUCCCCGUGUGGAAAUCCAACAUAAAUCCCAAACUUUUCUGCUGCUCGGCUGUGUUUUGCGUGUCCUCCUGUUCUCCACCCCCAUCGAGGAGCAGAGACCGCGUCGCACGUACUCUCCCCAGCUUCAACAAGCUUUUACGCGCUGUUAAUUCCUUCCAAUUACGCAUCGCAGCUGUUUAAAUGAUAGUUUUUCCGUGGGCAUGUGUUGCAGGAGGACUGUUUUAGGCAGUGGUUUCGUGCGUGGAGACGGGGGUCUGCUUGACGGCGAGGGAGGAGGGCUGUGAAUGUUUCCUAACACAUCUGAGGAGUCUGGAGAGACGGUGAGCAGUGAAUGCAGUGGGGUGACUCUGUGGCUAUGCCCCCUGUGUCAACAAGGACAAGCAGACCGGUCGUCCUUAUCUUUGCACCUUACUGACCAACACAGCGUUCUUCCAUCAUGUGUUGAGAGGCUGCUGGACAUUGCUGGUCUAAAACAAGCAGCUCGUGCACAUGAAGCCACUGGUGCUCAAAGCUCUUCAGAUGCUGCAUCUUCAGAUCUAAAAGAAGACCUCAGUUCAGGCCUGUGUCCGUCGAGCGAGAGUUCAAACUCUGCCGAAACGAGUGGAGAGAAAGAGAUGGAGGAAGAAAAAGUAUCAGAACAGGAGAAAGGGGAAUCGCAGCUCAAGCCAGAGGAGGAGGGACCGCACCUAACAGCAGCCAAACAGCCAGCUACAUCUGUAAAGGCAGAAAUACCAGAUGCUACUGAAAAAUCAGAUGUUAAAAAAGUGCCAUCUGAAAAUGAUACAAAGCCUUUCAAAUGCUACGCCUGCCUGGAAGCAUUCCCCAACAAAACUGCUUUAAGUGUCCAUUAUAACUCCGCAGGCCACAUUCAGAGGAUGAAGACGGGCGGGGACGCUGAUUCACAAAGCCCCCCGGCUCCCGCCCUAUCACGGCCAUUUGUAUCAAACAAACCCUACCAGUGUGCGAUAUGCAGAGUCUCCUACAACCACGCCAUCACUCUCGAGAGCCAUAUGAAGUCUGUCUUGCAUCAAACGCGAAGUAGAAACGCAGGCAUAGUCGCAAACAGUACCGUGGCCACUAGUAACACCACAAGUGUCCCGAAAACUGUGUCUAACAAAUCUGGGAACGGUCAGUUGGUCAGCGCGGCUCCUUCUCCUUCGGGUUUGAUGAAAGAAGGAGAGCAGAUUCAGACUUCCCAAGUGGCCACCUCUCUCCUCACCUCCCCUGUGGCUUCUACACAGGCCGUCUCUGCCUUCCUCACCCUUUUAACAUCCAGCCCCAACACCCUGUCCCACUCCAUCCUGCCCUCCCUGUUCGCAGCCGGUACUGCGGGUGCCGCUGCGCCUCAGCUCGUGCCUCAGCCUCAGAUGGUCAUGCCCUUGAUUUUAAACGGGCUUCAGGCUCAAACCCAGCAGCUCCCAGAGAACCAGCAGAGCCAGCUCCUCACACAGUGUGUGCCAUUCGUCGGCCUCAGCGCAGCCCAGCAAGCUCUCCUAUCCCAAAGAUUUAGCAGCUUACAGAGCCAAUGGCCCUCCGCGGGGGUCCCUCCAAACAUACAACCCAGUUCUGAAGAGCAAAAACCCAUCAAAAGCGAGAGAGAACAAGAUGAAACUGAUGAGAAAAAUUCAGACCAGUCCAAGGCUAGUAAGGGUAGAAAUACAGUGAGUAUUAAAAAGGAGGAAGAGGAUAGUGGUGAAAUUGCUCAGAAUCUAAAAACCAGAGUGAUGGUUGAGCUUAAUGAAGACAAUGGUGCGGAGCGUAGAGAUGGCACAACAGAUGGAGACGGCUCUACUAAUCAGUUGGACCUGGAAGGUGAUAAAGCGACGAGCCUGACUCUCUCCCCAGCGGGCGCAGACAAGAGCCUCCGCAAUAACAACCUCUCGCCUUCUGUGUCUGUGCCCAGCAACGCCAGCCUGAGUCCGGUCAAUUUUAACCUCACACUUAGCCCUGAUUCUACCCCUCAAAAAUCACAGUCAGGUACCAGCCCCUGCGGUUCACUUGGCACCCCUAAAAGCAGCCCGAGUACAAACGCCUUAACCAAAAUCAGAAGUAGGUCAGUCUAUCGGGAUCCACCGGUGUUGUCUGAAUUUCAAACGGAGGUGCUGUGGGCAUUCCUAGAGUCCCGUAGUGAAGCAGACGCGGCUAGCCCUCCCCGAGAAGACUGCGAGGCGCUGGGCAGAGAGGUGGGCUUAUCUGAGGACGAGGUGCGGAGAUGGUUAACACACGCACGACUUCACAAACAGAGGCCGAAAGCGGGUGGUUUAGAGCAUUUGCAAGCUUUGGCGAGACAGAUUCAAGUGUCUGAUGAUGAGGAAGAGCGCUCGCUUGUGAUCGCAGAAGGGGAGGAGGAAGACGUAGGUGGUGGGGUGGUGUUAGACUUGUCUAGUACUAGAGCAAAGCGUAAACGGAAGCACUGGGGGAAGGAGGGCCGCGGGGAUUCCUGUCUCACAUCAGACUCUGAAAAUGAGGUUUACACUUCUGUCAUAGUUUCUGAUGAGGAAAGUCAGAACGGUAGUAGAGUAGAGAGUCCGGCUAAAGAGGUGGCUCAGCAUACUGAUAAAGGCGCUGCGGGUGGGAAGGUGUUACGUUCUACAACUGUAUUUUUGUCUGAUGCAGAAGAGGAGUAUGAGGAUGAGGAAGGAGGAGGGACGGGUCGUAGGGCUAAAAAACGAAAGGGAGAGUUUGAGAAAGAUGAACAUGAAGGGAAAAGGGAAAGGCAGGAUUCAGACGUGGAUUUGGAGUUGGAGGCUCAAGGAGAUCCACCAAGUUCACAGAUUCAGGCUCUGAACAUCUCAGCUGGAGCUCUCCACUCUCUGCCCUCGUCUCUGGCUUCCUUCUCUCCUCAGUUCCUCAGCCCGUAUGUCCUCUCCCUCAGCCCCUCUAUAGUUGGAGAUGCAAGCAAAGUGCCAGUGUUUUCAAAUCCGCCACCUAUUGCGCGCUUUCCCAACUCACUCCUGUCCCAGUCGCUCUCGCAUAACCAAACUGCUCUUUACAUGGCCAACGGUGGGGACAGUGAGGGAGCUCUGGAUCUAAGCAUGGGGAGCAGUUCAAAGUCGCCAUCUUCCGCAGCAUCUUUGGCUGAAAAAAUUGCGGAGCAGAAAGGACAGUUACUUGAUUGGCUUGGCUUGACGCCCACCUCAAAGGGGCUGGUGGUCGUUCAGGUUAAGCCUGAAUCAGCAGCGCCCACUUCCAAUAGUGGCAUGAAUCUUGUCAACUGCAAUAACAUGACAAAGUCUGCCAUUUACAUGAGGGCUGCAGAGAAGAUGAACGCAUCUCUGUUGGAAAAGGAACGGGAAAAAGACCAGGGAGGCGAACAGGACUCUCACGGUGGAAGAAAGGCCAAAGGGAAACGAUAUCGAGACAUGCGUCGCUCACGGACAAUUAUCCAUGCGGAACAACUCGAUAUUCUGUACGGAUGCUAUUUUAAAGACCCAAAUCCUGGGAAACAUGAAUUUGAACAAAUUUCGGAAUGGGUCCAACUGCCAAAGAAAGUUGUCCAGAUUUGGUUUCAAAACAUGAGGGCCCGGGAGCGGAAAGGUGAGGUCCGAUUUAUUAGUGACGGGACUCUGGCAGCAGUUGGCAAACCUUUAAUCAAAUUUACCUGGCCUCUAGCCAAACCUAUAUUUUCAAAGAAGCCGCCAACCCCCAGUAACAAUAAUACUGGGGGCAUUGCAGCUGCUCCUAUUGUCCGCACUAUGAUAAAACCAGAUCCAGAUGCACCCAUUGUACGCACUAUGAUCAAACCAGAUCCAGAUCCCGUGAAGGGGGUGAGCAAACUGACAAUGGUGAAGAAAAUUAUCCCAAUUAAACCCAAGGAGAUGGUGUCCUCCGCUACAGCAUCCCCUCCCUCCGCAGCGCCAAAGACCAAGUCCGAAACCACCAGCAACGUUACAAUGGUUAAAGUUACUCCCAAAGUCAAGAACCCAGUCAUCCUACCACCAUCCCCUAAAGACCCGCCUGCAGCGCUCCGGCCGGCUGAGAGGAGAAAGGUGGAGGAGGAGGAGAACGAAGAGGAAGUGACCGACGACGAGCGAGAUCACGAAAACCAAACGACUCACGGCCCAGGAAGCACCAACCGCAUGGUGCCCAAACUGCCCACUACACCCAUCAACAACAGGCCUUCUUCCACCACAGUCUCGCAGAAACAAAACGGCCUCAACUACUGGACGCCAAAAGUCCCCAUUAAGAUCAACACUUUGUCUAGAGAACAGCUCGCCCUCCCAACACACCUGCCGCCGCGCUGUCUCGCCCCUCCUCCCACGCCAAAUAUCGCUCCGGUCAGCCCUAGUACCCCCAAAACGGCAAAAGUGACCAGUCCCACUAAUCCCCCGGCAAGUGCGAAAUCCAGCCCGACGGAUAGCAACUUUCUGUCCCACUCUUCAAGCCGUAGGCCACGCACUCACCUGUCCUGCCUGCAGCUGUCCAUCCUGCAGUCCUGCUAUGAGACCUGCGCUCACCCAAACUGCCUGGAGUGCGAGGCCAUCGGCACAGAGCUGAACCUACCGCUCAAAGUGGUGCAAAUCUGGUUCCAAAACACAAGGGCCAAAGAGAAGCGCUGGAAACUGCAGCAAGAGAAAAUGACGACUCCAUCAGGUGAGAAGAUCGACACGAGUUCAGGGAGCUAUCUCCAGUACAGCGCGCUCAAAGCCAAUCGCCCCAUCCUUCCAAAACCGGUCCACCUCAACAUCAGUGUGUCUGCCUCUUCCCCGGUGGAGGGUCAGUCGGCCAAAGAGCUCCUGACCGGCCACUGCGAUGUUUGCGACGUGUCUUUUGAUUCUCGCGCUGCAGCCAGAGAACAUGUUUUCUCCCAGUACCACCUGGCCACCCUGAAAACCACUAACUGCGGUCAGCCCGUGUCACUCAUCAAUAAGAACGGGACCGGCCAUAGUGGAUCCAGCGCUGGUACCGGGGCGACUCCACAAACAGCCACCACCAGCAGUUAAAGACUCAGAUCAGAACUGGUCUGCACAUAAACUAUUUGGACCCAUUUGGGCAUCUCAGAUUUUAAGCCAACAAGAGCUCUAAUCUUCAAAAGCUAACAUGAUUUUAGUUUUUGACACACUCUCUCCCUGUACCUGCAAUCCCUCACUCACCCCUCACUGACUUUUCAUUAAAAUUCACUGACUGCUGCUGCCUGACGAGUGAAGAACACUGCUCCCUAAAUACUAAUCGAACAUUUUGGUCCUAACCCUGUGGCUAUAUAUUACCUUUCCUAUAAUUUGUAAAGGUUCAGCUUUGACCUGCUUGAACACAAGACUGAUGCAACAAUUAUUCUUCUGACCGAGCGGCCAUUUUGCGAUGGGCUCACACUUUUGGGAUAUAACAGAGGACUUUCGUUAGCAGUUUGCGCCUGUGGAUUUAAUUUCUUAUGCCUACCUGUUGAGCUUCAGUAUAAUAUAAAGUGACUGACCUAUAGGCAGAAGAAUGAGUUUUCACUAUCACUUUACAUUUGCUUCUGGGGUGAUAUCUACCUAUUUGUGAUAUAAGAGGUACUUUGACAAGAAUAGGGCUGUUGAGUUGUGUCCAAUUUAAAUGUCCUAAAUUUCAUGACAAUCCUAAUACACAGGGCAAAAAUGAGUUUAUAAUCGUGGCAUACCGCACUUUGGACACAUUUUACACUGCGGGAUGUUCUAAGCAUUCUGAUGCAAGUGUCUUUCUGGAAAGAUGCAACAAUGCAUGGUGGAUGCCUUAAUCUCGUCGAAUGAAAUGAUUUUGCUAAUAAAACUGCUUUAGAGGUGCGCUGGAUGUGCGAAUAAGAAGUGAUCAGAGUUUGUAAAUUUAGAAAUACUGUUUUGAGUUUUACUUUUUAAAAAUAAUCUCAAUCUGUCAGAUGAAAUAAUUGAACUGUGUGUUAAAAGGCUGUGUCUGCAGAUUUUAUUUGUAUGAAUUUUGGAUCCUGUGGAACUCCCCUAAAAUAAUGUGUCCUUUUUGAAGCUCCUUGAAAUCGCUGGGACUUCACCUAUUUAAAGGUGCAAAGGAUAAAACGGCCUUAAAGAGACAGCACCACGUAGUCUGUCCAGGUGGUCCUCCUCCGUUUCAACCACGUCUGUCACCGCUCACCCACUUUCUACUGUUUCAUUUCUCUAGUUUGUAUUUACGUUGUGCGUGUCUUUUUAUGUAGAUAUUUAUUCAUACAUUCAUCCAAUUCGACUUUGUCAGGUCAAAAGCCAAACGUCAGACAUGUUGAGGUUUGUUUUCCAUGGCCUCCAUAUUGUUUUUAGUUUUGAAACAGUUACUAAUUCUGGGAUUGUAUGUGCUGUGAAACCUGAUGUGUUUAUGUGUGGAAACAAAGAGCGGGAGAACGUGGGGUGUCUGUAGCGUCCCUAAGGGAUUAUAGACGCUCAAAUUAACCAAGCAAAUUUGGAACUUUUAUAACUUGUCGACUGAGAGAUAAGAUGGUGCUGUUUUGAAGGAUGCAGAACUUGCUAAAGAUGUUUUCCUUCAGUUAAGUUGUAUAUUAAUGUUACUAUCAAUAGUUUUAACAAAAUGCAAAACUAAAAGCUAAACUUUUGUAAAGAAAUAUAUAAAAUAACUGAUUCCAAAGUAAUCCUUUCUUCGCUUUGUCUUUUGAAAAACCAAAAAGCAAUCUUAGGUUGACAGAGCGCAGGACAGGUGUUUGUAAAUGCAAAACUGUACAGGAUGUCCCAUGGCUUGACACUUGCACUAGUCCACAUUUUUGCACAAGCUACAGACAUUUCAACAUGAACACGUCUUUAACACUCACUCGGUGUUGUUUGGGGGAUAAUCUCUCUUUUCUUUUUGGAGAGUUAAUUAUUUGUACACCUAAUGUAACUUGUGAAAUAAGCAUGGACUGGAGUGAAUCUCAGUAGUGGGAUCCCACACGCACACAGCAAACAUGGUGUUGCACUGUCCAAUCUCUAAAUGGGUUUUUAUGGAGAUCUGCUUUUUACUUUUGCGUUUGUCACAUCGAUUAUCACUAUUGUUAUAACUGUACUACUACUUAUAUGAUUAGCAUUACUACUCCUCACUGUUUAUCAUUAUUAUUGAUCCAUAAUGGGUUUUUUAAGCCACCUCCGCUCGAAAGGGUAUGGUAUUCCUAUGAACAUUGAACAAUAGUGGCAGUGUUGUUAUGACUUGUUAGAUUUAUAAUUAAGCUUAUCUUUUCCUCAUCACUUGUACCUGCCUUUUGUGUUUGGUCUCCAUUAUGCUUUCUUUGAUAUACAGAAAAAAUAAAAUCAGUUAAACAACAAAA